AUGGAAAAUAAGUUAACUUAUCUUGAGCCUUCUUUAGAAAAGCAGUUAAAAGGGCAUCGUAGUGGGAUUACAGCAUUAUAUUUUAGCCCUAAUGAACAACAGAUUGCUAGCAGUUCGCUGGAUAAUAGUGUCCUGUUAUGGGAUCUUCGUGGUACUAUGAGAAGCUACCGGUUUCAAGGACAUGAUGAAGCCGUUAUGGAUGUAACGUUUUCACCUUCGGGCAAGUUUAUGGCAUCCGCAUCUCGUGACAAAACUGUUAGACUAUGGGUGCCCACUGUAACAGGGAGCACUGGCAUGUUCAAAGCUCAUUCACAAACUGUGAGAUCUGUGCAAUUCAGCCCUGAUGGAACAAAGAUAAUCACUGCUUCUGAUGACAAAAUAGUGAAGAUCUGGUCUACGGAUAAGCACAAAUUCAUUGCUUCUUAUGUUGGCCACACUAACUGGGUGAGAUGUGCUCGCGUUUCGAGUGAUGGAUCAAUUAUAGCAUCAUGUUCAGAUGACAAGUCUACCAAGCUUUGGAACUUGGAUAAUGGAGAAUGUAUCCACACAUAUAAGGACCAGAAAGGCCAUGGACUCUGUUUGGCUUGGCACCCAUCGGGGUGUUAUAUUGCUGUUGGUACUUCGCAUGGCAAUGUGAAGUUAUAUGAUGUACGGACACAUAAUCUUGUUCAAUAUUAUAGUAUUCAUAAUGAUGCAGUGACACAGAUAGCUUUUCAUCCUAGUGGAAGCUACAUAUUGACUUCAAGUAAAGAUGGGAAGAUGAAGAUACUUGAUUUAUUGGAAGGGCAUCCGAUAUUUACUCUCAGUGGACACACUGGGCCCAUUAAUGCUGUCAACUUCUCAGCUACAGGGGAAACUUUUGCCUCAGCAGGAGAUGAUAAAUUGGUUUUCAUAUGGAAGACUAAUUUCACCGAACUGGCAGGUGACUUAAAGGAAAAUAUUGCAGACAAUGGUUCAACUAUACCCAAAACUAAUUCGCAAUCUUCUAAACUGACAUGUGCAUCAAAAGAUAAGAGUCAGGACUAUUCAUUGAGAACUGUUUCAAACAAGUACAUGCUAGCAUUUCAAAAAAUUGAAUUCAGAGAAAACUGCAAUCAUAGCUAUGCCUUAAAACGUUCUUCUUCAUACUGA